UUCGACGGGGAGACCAUCGAGGGGGCCCCGCCGCUGUGGGCCGCCUCCGCCGCCGGGCACCUGGGGGUGGUGCGCAGCCUCCUGGACCACGGCGCCUCGGUGAACCAGACCACGCUGACCAACUCCACGCCGCUGCGGGCCGCCUGCUUCGACGGGCACCUGGAGAUUGUGCGCUACUUGGUCGGGGAGCGCGGGGCCGACCUGGAAGUAGCCAACCGGCACGGACACACGUGUUUGAUGAUUUCGUGCUACAAAGGGCACCGGGAGAUCGCACGUUACUUGCUAGAGAAAGGGGCUGAUGUCAACCGCCGGAGUGUGAAGGGGAACACGGCCCUGCAUGACUGCGCCGAGUCCGGCAGCCUGGAGAUCCUGCAGCUGCUGCUCCGCUCCAAAGCCCGCAUGGAGAAAGACGGCUAUGGCAUGACUCCUCUGCUAGCUGCCAGUGUCACCGGUCACACCAACAUUGUGGAGUACCUCAUCCAAGGAGGGCUGCAGCAGGAGGAGGAGGAGGCUGCUGUGGAAGCACUGGAGUUGCUGGGUGCUACGUUUGUGGAUAAGAAACGUGACCUUCUGGGAGCCCACAAGUACUGGCGAAGGGCGAUGGAGCUUCGGUGCGAGGGUGGGCAAUACCUGCCUAAACCUGAGCCUCGGCAGCUGGUGUUGGCCUAUGACUAUUCCCGGGAAGUGAGUUCGCUGGAGGAGCUGGAAGCCCUGAUUACUGAUCCAGACGAGAUGCGCAUGCAGGCACUGCUGAUUAGGGAGCGCAUCUUGGGCCCGUCCCACCCAGACACUUCCUAUUACAUCCGUUACCGAGGAGCAGUCUAUGCCGACUCUGGCAACUUCGAACGCUGCAUUAACCUGUGGAAGUACGCUCUGGACAUGCAGCAAGGCAACCUCGAGCCUCUCAGCCCGAUGACUGCCAGCAGUUUCCUUUCCUUUGCUGAGCUUUUCUCUUACGUGCUUCAGGACCGCUCCAAAGGCACUUUAGCUACCCACUUGGGCUUCUCUGACCUCAUGGGAGUGCUGAGCAAAGGUGUCCGGGAGGUGGAGAGAGCUCUCGUGCAUGGCAAGGACCCUGUGGUCGACUCAGCGCAGUUCACCAAGACGCUGGCCAUUAUCCUCCACUUGGUGUUCUUGCUGGAGAAGGUGGAGUGCACCCCGGAGCAGGAACACCAGAAGCGCCAGACUAUCUACCGCCUGCUAAAGUGCAGCCCCCGGGCCAAGAAUGGCUUCACUCCUUUGCAUAUGGCUGUGGACAAAGAUACCACAACGGUGGGACGUUAUCCCGUGGGCAAGUUCCCGUCGCUCCAUGUCGUGAACUUGCUUCUGGAGUGUGGGGCUGACCCAGAUAGCCGUGACUAUGACAACAACACCCCUCUGCAUGUUGCUGCCCGCAACAACUGCCCGCUGAUCAUGAGUGCCCUGAUGGAGGCUGGAGCCCAUAUGGACGCCACCAACGCCUUCAAGCAGACUGCUUAUGAGCUGCUGGAUGAGAAGCUGCUCACCAAGAGCAUGAUGCAGCCCUUCAACUACAUCACCCUCCAGUGCCUUGCUGCUCGCGCCCUGGACAAGCACAAGAUUCCCUACAAGGGUUUCAUCCCUGAGGAGCUGGAAGCCUUCAUUGAACUGCACUAGGGUGGGAGAGCUGAAGUCCCCAGCCUGUCCCGUCACCCGUUUCACCCUGCAGAGGUGGUGCAGCCGGAGAUCUCGGGCCGUCCUUGCCUGGGUGCCGAAGGUCGUCGCUGCGCUGAGAUGGGCUGUGAGCUUUGUCCUCAUCUGUCACCAUCGAGCUGCUGUGUGCAGGGGUAGGGGAGGAGGAGGAGGAGGAGGCUUGAGAGCUCACGGCUGUCCCUCAUUGUUGUCAUCUUCAGGUACCAGAUAUCUCCAGUGCACUGUAUCCAGAGAAGGCUGCAGCCCCUGCCCUUUUCCAUGCCAACCGUCUUGUCCUGAGAAGGAAGGAAAAUGGAGAUUCCCUGGGACCUGCUGCCUCUCCCAUUAGUGCUGAAUUAAUUCAGCAUUUUGCUUUGGAGCAGCUACACAUCACGCGUGCUCUAGCCCUUCCCAUCCCAAAUAACGAACAGAUGGGAAUGCAA